ACCCCUGCCUGAACCACCACUGCAAGAAGGGCAAAGUGUGCGAGGUCGACGACAGCAACACCCCCAUGUGUGUGUGCCAGGACCCCUCCAGCUGCCUCGCCGCCGAGGCCGAGUUCGAGCAUGUUUGCGGCACCGACAACAAGACCUACGACUCUUCCUGCCACUUCUUCGCCACCAAGUGCGCCCUGGAGGGAACCAAGAAGGGCCACAAGCUGCACAUCGACUACAUCGGAUCCUGCAAAU